AUGGCGAUUCACCAAACCCAUUUUCUCUUAGAAUUACUUGUUGUUCUUCUUUUAAUAAGCUCAGUGAAAAAAAGUGCUUCUGUUUCAGCGUCAACUUAUGACUUUUCUUCUCCUCUUAAUAGGACCAGCUUUCCCUCUGGCUUCAUUUUUGGAACUGCUUCUUCUGCCUACCAGUACGAAGGUGGAGCAAGAGAAGGUGGUAGAGGAGCAAGUUUAUGGGAUGUUUACACUCACAAAUAUCCAGGUAAAAUAUUGGAUGGCAGCAAUGGAGAUAUGGCUAUUGAUUCAUAUCAUCGUUAUAAGGAAGAUGUUGCAACUAUGAAAGAGAUGAAUCUAGAUGCUUAUAGAUUCUCCAUUUCAUGGCCUAGAAUUUUGCCAAAUGGGAACAUGAGUGGAGGAGUGAACAAGGAAGGAAUCAGAUACUACAACAAUCUAAUCAACGAGCUUCUAUCCAAUGGCAUACAACCAUUUAUAACCCUUUUUCACUGGGAUACUCCCCAAGCUUUAGAAGAUGAAUAUGAUGGUUUUUUAAGCUCUCGCAUUGUGAAUGAUUUUCGAGACUAUGCAGAGGUUUGCUUCAAGGAAUUUGGCGACCGAGUUAAGCAUUGGAUAACAUUGAACGAGCCAUGGAGUUACAGUAUCGGUGGCUACGCCUCCGGCUUGUUGGCACCCGCACGGUGUUCGGAGUGGCAAGGGUUGAACUGCACCGGUGGAGAUUCCGCAACUGAGCCGUAUUUGGUGGCACAUAAUCAGCUUCUUGCUCAUGCAUCCGCCGUCAAUCUCUACAGAAAUAAAUAUCAGAAAACUCAAAUGGGGAAGAUAGGAAUCGCUCUAGUGUCACAUUGGAUGGUACCUUACUCCUCCGCAAAGCACCAUCAAAAUGCUGCAGAAAGAGCUCUUGAUUUCAUGUUUGGAUGGUUUAUGGACCCAAUAACAGAUGGAGAUUAUCCUCACAGCAUGCAUUCUCUUGUUGGAAACAGAUUGCCAAAAUUCUCUGAAGAGGAAUCCAAAUUGCUUAAAGGAUCUUCUGACUUUCUCGGUUUAAAUUAUUAUACUGCUCUCUAUGCAGCCUAUGCACCUCAGCUUAACUCUGGAAACAAAAGCUACUCUACUGAUCCUCGAGUUAAUCAAUCAACUUCACGUAAUGGAAUCCCAAUCGGGCCAAAGGCUGCAUCCGAUUGGCUUUAUAUCUAUCCACGGGGGAUUUGGGAUCUCUUACUUUAUACCAAGAAAAAAUACAAUAAUCCCCUCAUUUAUAUAACGGAAAAUGGAAUUGAUGAAGCAAACAAUGCCACAUUAUCACUAGAGGAAGCCCUUGUUGACAACAUGAGAAUUGAUUACUAUUAUCAGCAUCUCUCUUUUCUUCAGAGAGCCAUUAAGGAUGGAGUUAACGUGAAGGGAUAUUUUGCUUGGUCAUUGUUGGACAAUUUUGAGUGGUUUUCAGGUUAUACGGUUCGUUUUGGCAUCAAUUACGUGGAUUAUAAAAAUGGAUUACAAAGAUACCCCAAACUCUCGGCUCGUUGGUUCAAGAAUUUCCUCAAAAAAUAGAGAGGAUAUAAUUUGAUAUAUUAUAUAUUUUUGAUACAUGAUAUUUAUAUCGAAUUGAUAUUGGACU